AUGGGGCAGAGCCAGUGCCACAGCCACAGAGCCAGAGCGGAGCAGGGGCUGCAGGUUGCCAGCGGAAGGAUGUGGCUGGAGACCCUCCAGUGGGUGGUGGCGGCACUCGGCGUCCUGGCCAGCACCAGCCCCACCCCCGCGCCCCAGCUGGGGGCAUCGAUCUUUGCCGAUCUGAGCCCGGCGGAGCUGCGGGCGGUACGGAGCUUCCUGCUGAGCCAGCCGGAGCUGGGCCUGGUGGCCGACCGCGGGGACUCGCUGGCCAGCAACAGCCUCUUCCUGGUGGAGCUGCAGGUGCCCCGGAAGAGCCAGGCCCUGCAGUUCCUGAAUGGGGGCAGCCCUCGCCCACCACGCCUGGCCCGUGCCAUUGUCUUCUUCGGGGAGCAGGCCCAGCCCAACGUCACCGAGUUCGUGGUGGGGUCCCUGCCCCGGCCCAGCUACUAUCGGGCGGUGAGCUACAAGGGCAGGCGGCCCAUCCCCUUCGCCGCGCGGCCCAACACCCUGCUGGAGUACGAGCUGAUGCACCGCAGGCUGCUGGAGCUGACAGAGCCGCUGUACCGGCUGCUGCACGACACCACCGGCUACUGGUACCACAACUGCAGCCAGCGCUGCCUGACCUUCUCGGACGUGGCGCCACGUGGGCUGGGCCCUGGUGAGCGCCGCUCCUGGCUCAUCCUCCAGCGCUUGGUGGAGGGGCACUUCCUGCACCCCGUGGGGCUGGAGCUGCUGCUGGACCACCGCUCCCGCGACCCCCGGCGCUGGGCCCUGCAGCAGCUCUGGUACAACGGGCAGUACUUCGCCAGUGCCCAGGAGCUGGCCUGGCGCUACGAGCGUGGGGAGCUGGCCCUGGCCCGCCCGCCCACGCCCGAGCUGCUCUUCUCCACCUACGUGCCCCGCGGCCACUUCAGCACCGGCACCCCCACGGCCGUGCACGGGGCCAAGGUGUGCGAGCCGCAGGGCAAGCGCUACCGGCUGCAGGGCAACCUGGUGGAGUAUGGGGGCUGGCGCCUGGCCCUGCGGCUGCGCUCCUCCGCCGGCCUGCAGCUCUUCGACCUGCGCUUCAACGGCGAGCGGCUGGCCCACGAGCUGAGCGUGCAGGAGGCUGUAGCCUUCUACGGGGGCAGCACGCCCGCCGCCAUGCAGACCAAGUACAUUGACAGUGCCUGGGGCAUGGGAACCCUGGCCCACGAGCUGGCGCCCGGCAUCGACUGCCCCGAAGUGGCCACCUACCUGGACGCGCAUCACCUGUACGACGCGGCGGGGCCGGUGCGCUACCCCCGCGCCCUCUGCCUCUUCGAGCUGCCCACUGGGGUGCCCCUGCGGCGCCACUUUGACAGCGACUUCCGGGGUGGCUACCGCUUCUACGGGGGGCUGGAGGGGCAGGCGCUGGUGCUGCGCACCACGGCCACCGUCUACAACUACGACUACAUCUGGGACGUGCUGCUCUACCCCAACGGCGUGCUGGAGGCCAAGGUGCACGCCACCGGCUACGUCCAUGCCACCUUCUACACGCCGCAGGGCCUGCGCUACGGCUCCCGCCUGCACCGCGACGUGCUGGGCAACCUGCACACGCACCUGCUGCACUACAAGGUGGACCUGGACGUCGCCGGCACCCAGAACAGCUUUGAGACGGUGGACGUGCGCUUCGAAAACAUCUCCAACCCCUGGAGCGCGGGCGAGCGGGUCGUGCAGCCCCGGCUGCACCGGCGGCCACGCCGGAGCGAGCGCCAGGCCGCCUUUCCCUUCGGCAGGGCCCUGCCCCGGUACCUCCUGUUCUCCAGCCCGACCCAGCGCAACCGCUGGGGGCACCCGCGCAGCUACCGCAUCCAGUACAGCUCGCAGGCCGGCCGUGUGCUGCCGCGCGGCUGGAGGGAGGAGCGGGGUGUCGCCUGGGGCAGGUACCACCUGGCAGUGACACGGCACCACGAGAAGGAGGCGACCAGCAGCAGCCCCUAUGCCCAGCACGACCCCUGGCAGCCGGCUGUCGACUUCGAGAGCUUCAUCCGCAACGACGAGAACAUCGAGAACCAGGACCUGGUGGCCUGGGUGACAGUGGGUUUCCUGCACAUCCCACACGCCGAGGACGUUCCUAACACGGCCACGCCCGGCAACGCCGUUGGCUUCUUCCUGCGCCCCUUCAACUUCUUCGAUGAGGACCCGUCGGUGGCGUCGCGCAGCCCUGUCAUCGUGAGGCCCCAAGACCCGGCCUUCACCCACGUGGCCAUCCAGCGCUGGACGCCCGCCAGCCCGGGGCCCUGCAUCUCCACUGAGCCCUUCACCUACAACGGCACCUACGGGCAGGAGUGA